AUGGAUACCAUACCCAUAUAUUAUUCAACUGACGAAUCUGGUACUACUACCCUAGGCUACGUAUGGAAACAAUCCGCCAUUGAUUGUCAGGGACCAUCGAGAAGGCUAGGCCCUAAUAAGUUACCUUAUGACAGAGGGCUUCCAGACCUCGGUGAUUUCCUAGACCACCCAACUGUCACCGCUUCCGCCACAGCAGGAACUGGAGCCACAGGUGUCAUGCCGACUACAACUAAUAUUACAGAUGGGAGUAGUCCAAAAUGUACCCCAUGGUCUAUGCAUCUAAAUCCCACAAGGACUCGUGACCCUGGCUACUUAUACACCCAUCCGCCACUGCUACCAACUGCCCCGGGCACGAUUCCGGGAUGCUACCUGUACGACACCCCGGCAAACUACGGACGUGAUGAUUUUGCCUCAGUCUACGAGAUUACUAUGUCUGAGCUCCUUGCAUGGAACUCUUGGCUUAUGAGGGAUCGUGAUACAGCGCUUUAUGCCAAUAUAGAGGAAAGCGUAACCCGCGCCAUAUAUAUGGGGACGAGCACCGCUAGCCCUGCAUCAAUCACCCUGCCCGAAACCAGAGCUCACACUACAGCCUAUCAAGCCAAAUUUGAUUGA